UUAAUAAAAGCGAAGUGGAAUGUCUGAUCAAGCUCUUCGACACGCUGAUGGCCAAGUCCAGCAACCGCUUCGCUGUGGCCGGCUUUGACCGUAACAUGUUCAGGGACACUCUGCACGGCGCGUUUGGCAUGACAGACGACAUGAUCAUGGACAGAGUGUUCCGCACUUUUGAUAGAGACAACGAUAGCUGCAUCAGUGUGGUGGAAUGGGUGGAAGGCUUAUCGGUAUUUCUUCGGGGGACACUGGAAGAAAGGAUUAAAUACUGUUUUGAGGUUUACGACCUGAAUGGUGAUGGAUACAUUUCAAGAGAGGAAAUGUUUCAAAUGCUGAAAAACAGCCUUCUCAAACAACCAUCAGAAGAAGAUCCUGAUGAGGGAAUUAAGGACUUGGUAGACAUAGCACUGAAGAAGAUGGCAA